UUCCCCGGAGCUUCUCAAAUGUAUGGCACAGGUCAUACUUUCCUUGACUUGCUCAACUCAGAUGAGAACAGUGUGCACCGUGCAACAAAUCUUUACUAUCCAUUCAGUGGCCAGAAAGAUUGGGAACUUGCGUCAUGGCUACUUCAUUCGGGAUUAAGCAUGGGGAAGAUAGAUAGCUUUUUGUCACUUGAGAUAAUUCAGGGUCUUCCUCUGUCGUUCUCAUCGGCCAAGGAACUGCAAGGCAGAGCAGAAAUGUUGCCGAGCAGUCCACACUGGAUGUCUCAAGUAAUUGAGAUGACACAUCCAACAAAAACACCGGUCGUCUUAUAUUGGCGCGACCCAUUGGAUUGUAUCUCCAGUAUUCUCAACCAUCCAUCCUUUCACGACCAGUUAGACUUUACGCCUCGCAAGGUGUAUACCAUGGCGCAGCAGCUGUGCCAUGUGUACUCCGAA